GAAAGGUUCUUUAAAAUUUUUAGGCGAUGAUUUUUUAAAUUUAUACAAAAUUUAAAGCUAUGGGUAAUCUACCAAGCAGAGAUACAAGGCGUAUUAGUUUCGAUAACACUUUUGCCAUGAAUUCAGCCCUGACUAUACCGAAAUCAAUAGAAGACGAUGCAGACGUGUUAAAUAUCAACAGCUUGGAAGCGAAUAAAAUCAAUGACAGUAAAGAAAUUGGCUCUAGAGCUUUUGAAAUCCAUGAUAAUGAACAUGACUACUGGGCACAUAGAAUUGAAUAUUUGAAAAAUGAACAUCAACUGAUAAAUAAAAUUAUAGAAACAGAAUAUGAGAAAACUAUUGAAAAUACAAAAAAAUUAUUUAAUCCACCCAAAAUAACUCAAGAACGAAUUCAAAGGAUAAAACCAUGCUAUGAUUGGCGCACAAAGAUUAUGAAAUGUUAUGAAGACAAUCCCCGGCAACCUUUGCUUUGUUCGACGACUGUACAAGCGUUCAACAAUUGUGUUACAUCAUGCCAGUUAGAAGAAUAACAUUAAAUUUAAAAAGAUCUACUUUUUAGUGAUACAGUUAUAUAUACGUGCUUUACAAAAAUACACAAAUAAAGUACAAAAUAUACAUUU